ACGGCUCACAAUUUCCCUUCACCAAGCUUAUAUUCCCCAGCUCUCACUCUUCCCACCCCCACCACCGCUCUCCUCUCUCUCUAGAAUUUCUCCAUCUCCAUAUGAUAGGAAUCCAGAUAUGAACACACUCGAAUUUCUACGGAGAGAGACGCUCUGCGAGUAGAGAGAGAGAGAGAGAGAGAGAGAGAGAGAGAGAGAGAGAGAGAGAGAGAGAGAGAGAGAGAGAGAUGUCGCUGGGAAAGAGGGGGCGUCCACCGAUGAAGAGGAAUUUGAGCAUGACGGAAUUCACGCUGGAUCUGAUCAACGGCGGCGAAGACGACCGCGUAUUUCCGCAGCUGAGUCCUAAUUUCAGCGGCGCUUUCUCCGCCGCCGCCUCUCACCGCCGCAGCUCGUCGGAUUUCGUCGAAACCGCUAAUUUCCUCAGAGAUUGCUCCCUCUGCAAGCGCCGCCUCAUCUCCGGCCAGGACAUCUACAUGUAUAGAUUUUCAUCAUGUGCUGUCGCCUGUCUCUCUUGUUUGGGAAAUCUACAGCAAAGAGUCAGGGAGAAUAGUUUAGGUGAUACUGCUUUUUGCAGCACAGAGUGCAGGCAGCAUCAGAUGACAAAAGACGAGUGGAGAGAGAAGAAGUGUUCAAUUUCUAAGAAGGAGGUUGCAACCGCCGCCGUGAAUCACCUCUCCAGCGGCGGCGAAUCAGUGGCCGCUGCCGUGUAAGUUUGGCCGUUGAUGUCUCUCCGUUCAUCUUAUUGAACGGCUGAGAUUUGAUCAUAGCAUGAUAUAAGAAAAAAAUGAAGAAGAAUAGUUCGAUCUUCUAUUAUUAUAUUUACGUUAAUUGCGCUGUUUAGGAAUUGAAUUGGGAUUGGAUAUGUUAAGUAAAAUGAAUUAUUGUAUCGAUUUGAGUUUGAGCUCACUAUUUUGUUUUAUUGAAAUUUGAAAAUUUUGUAA